AUGUCUCCAGCACCCGCGCCAUAUUAUCGGAGAGUAAACACUGGCGGCAAUAAUAAUAAUAAGCAGAAGCAGGGCAGGAGUCAGAGACGCGGUACGAGCUGUACUCAGAGCUGCGUGUGCGUUGUGUGCACCGAGGACCGUCCCAUAGUGACCACUGCUCCCGGCAUGUCCGCCCUGACCGGUGUGGAGACCUCGGCAGGUGUAGUGCUCAGGCGGGCGGUGGAGCUGGACGGGAGUGGCCGGUACCAGGAUAGUCUGGUCUGCUACCAGGAAGGCAUCCAGCUGCUGCUACAAGUCCUCAAGGGCACUAAAGAUGAAACAAAGAAGGCUCAUUACAGACAGAAGCUUAGAAGUUACAUGGACAGAGCUGAGCAAAUUAAACAUCAUGUACUGAAGGAGCAGGAAGAGGGAAAAUAUCACAAACAAAUCAAGAUUGUAGAAAAUGCAACUGGUUAUAGCUAUGAGAAUCUAUUCAAGCCAUAUGUGGAUGAGAUGCUGACAGAGGUGUGGGUGGAAGAUCCGUACAUUCGGCAUACACAUCAGUUGUAUAACUUUUUACGAUUCUGUGAAAUGCUUAUCAGGAGUCCUUCAAAAGUCAAGAAAAUAAAUUUAUUGACUUCAAGGGAUGAUGAAAAUGGUAAAGACCAACAGAUGAGUGGCCUACAAGAGAUCAAAAAGUCACUGCUGGAUUAUGGUGUAAUACUAGAUGUCACCUUCUCCUCCAUCCAUGAUCGGGAAAUCAGGUUUAAUAAUGGCUGGAUGAUUAAGAUUGGACGGGGCCUUGACUAUUUUAAGAAGCCUCAGAGCCGAUUUUCCUUAGGCUUCUGUGACUAUGACUUAAGACCCUGCUAUGAAACUUCGGUCGAUAUUUUCCAUAACAAUCACACUCGGAAAACAUGACUAAAAUCUGUACGAUGGAGUGAUCUUAAGGUGUUUUAAACUAUUUGGAGUGGUUGUCCACUAUGUCUGUUUUCCAAAGCUGAAUUCUAUAGCAGGUACCAUUGCAAGUGGGCGCAUAAAGUCAGUUCGCUAAAAGAUGUAAGAACCAGUCAUGUUGUUUCCUCUAUUGUCAAUUGUUUCUGCAGCCACUCUUUUAUAUCCCACAGGAAUCUGGUGUCCAGGAAACUAGUGGAUCAUAUAUUUACUGUGCUUGAUGUGUGUUUGCAGGUGAUUGAUAGCUGUGCUAUGGUAUUAAGGCAUGCAAACACAGAUAGCAUACAGUAAUGCGUAUAACAGCUCACUUGUGUUUUUUGCUCUACUCUAUAUAUUUUAUUGUUUUAAUUAUUCAAGUGAUGUGUUUUGUACAUAUUAAAAGAAAAAUUUAAUUUUUUAUAAUAUUAAAAUUAAAAAGAGAAGAAUAAUCUGACUGAAUUCCGCACAUUGCCAAAGUGCUGUUUCUUGUAAUAGUCUUAAUUUGUGUACACGCUUACUGUUAUUACUGAGAGCAAUACAUCUGUGAUCUUUUGCUUGAUUAAAGCUUUUCCAGAAAUACUGUGGCUACCUCGGGCUGUCCGCACUUUCCCUAAUGUACAUGUUAAUGUGGCAUUUGUGGGUGUGUAAUAACUGUUCACUCUAUUUUAUAACUGUAUUUGUGAUGCUAUCGCUAUAUACCUGAAUUUGUUGGUGCCUCUUUAUUGCUUAAGCAUAGACUCAGUCAGUUGCUGAUGUGUGUAUUUUCCCACACCACAUGUGCCCACCUGUUUUCAGUAUUCUGUGUAAUGGUUUUUCUUUUGUUUUGUUUAAGCUGUUGUACCUAUUUAUUGCCUAUAGCUAGUUUAGUUUGACAAUACAGUAAUUGCACCCAUGACGUGUGUGGGAGGUAGACACAUAAAAUGUAUGCAAAGCACAACGCUCUCUGGGGAUACCCAUUAACGAUUUUGUGCCUCAUUUCUGUUCUCAUAUUAAGAAUUUACUAUACUAUUGUAUUUUUAUAUGUAGUCAUAUUUUUAAUUAAAAAAAAAAAAUCUAAA